GGAUGUGAUGAAAUUUUUUUAUUUGAAGAAUUCGCCACCCACGAGAAAUAUGAGCAUGCGUUCUUUAUGCGGAAUUCAACGCCACCUAUAAGUUUCGCGACACAAUAACACCGGACACCGAGACACCGGUGAUAGACAUAACCUAGAUGUUGUUAGUGUACAAUCGUGACGCGUUGUUGAGGUUAUAAUAGACUUUCCAUUAUGUUUUAUCACAUAUCACUGGAGCACGAAAUUUUAUUGCAUCCGCGAUAUUUUGGGCCACAAUUACUUGACACAGUCAAACAAAAAUUGUACACAGAAGUCGAGGGAACAUGCACUGGAAAAUAUGGAUUUGUCGUUGCUGUCACAACAAUAGAUAAUAUUGGAGCUGGAAUAAUUCAGCCUGGCCAAGGCUUUGUGGUCUAUCCUGUCAAAUAUAAGGCAAUAGUAUUUAGGCCCUUCAAAGGAGAAGUUUUAGAAGCAAUUGUUACUCAAGUUAACAAGGUUGGCAUGUUUGCUGAAAUAGGACCGUUAUCGUGUUUCAUAUCCCAUCAUUCCAUUCCUGCUGAAAUGCAAUUCUGUCCAAAUGUAAAUCCAGCUUGUUAUAAAUCCAAAGAAGAGGAUGUUGUAAUCCAAGCGGAUGACGAGAUCAGACUGAAAAUCGUUGGUACACGAGUCGACGCAACAGGGAUCUUUGCCAUCGGGACGUUAAUGGACGAUUUCUUGGGACUAAUAUGCUAAUGAUUGAAUAAAAUAGGCUGACUGUGGGAUGGUCAAUUAAUAGAAUAAGAACAAAACAUUUACACAAUUGGCGUCAUCUUUUACAUCUGUCAGUAACAAUCGUUUAUUUAUUUUUUAUUUUUGUUUCAACAAUUAUCUACUAUUUACAAGAGGGUCGGCUGGUUCAAUAAAGUGGUGUAGUUUUUAGCGCGCA